GCGGGCGUCUCCGGCCGGUGAUUUGCCCGGGCGCCUCCGUGCGCUCGGCCAACGGCCUCUGAGACCGCCCACCCGAGCACCCCGGGAGCCGGCGGGCGGCGGCCCUCGCCGGGGACCCUCCAGCGGGCCCAGGGAUGGAAAAAACAUUUCUUUCGGUGUUGAUUGCAUCACCUAAUGAGAUCCCAAAGGAAAAACCCUUAGGAAAAUAGAUUUCGGAGAGAAUUGAAACGAUUUAGUUGUACCUCGGAGUCUCUGCCCGUGUAAUUAAAUUGUGUGUAGGACCUGCUAUCUUUUUGGUUGCAAGCACUUGGACAAAAGUGGCUCUAAAUCCAGCACGUGAGUACUGAGGCAAGUUAAUGGAUUUAAUAUGAAGCACAGAAGCAGAUAAUGCCAAAGAGCAAGCAGUAAUUGGUACACAUUUCUGGAAAAGCAGUGUCCGUGUUGUUAUGUACACCUUCAAAAAAGUUCAGAUCUGUAGGGGAAUUGUUGUGUAAAGUAAACAACUCCAGGGUAGCAGUAUUUUAAUAGCUUUUAUAGACGUGUAUUUACUGUAUUAAAAAUGAGUAAAAGAACAAGCAAUGACACAUCACUAGGAAGAGUGAGUGGGGCCGCUUUUCCUUCUCCCACUGCUGCUGAGAUGGCGGAAAUUAGUCGAAUUCAGUAUGAAAUGGAAUACACCGAAGGUAUUAGUCAGCGAAUGAGGGUCCCGGAAAAAUUAAAGGUAGCACCACCAAACGCUGACCUGGAGCAAGGAUUUCAAGAAGGAGUUUCAAACGCUAGUGUGAUCAUGCAAGUUCCAGAGAGAAUUGUGGUAGCAGGAAAUAAUGAAGACAUUCCAUUUUCAAGACCAGCAGAUCUUGACCUUAUACAGUCAACUCCCUUUAAGCCUCUGGCUCUAAAAACACCACCUCGUGUGCUUACACUGAGUGAAAGGCCGCUAGAUUUUCUGGAUUUAGAAAGACCUGCUCCAACCCCUCAAAACGAAGAAAUCCGUGCAGUUGGCCGGCUAAAAAGAGAACGCUCUAUGAGUGAAAAUGCUGUUCGCCAAAACGGACAGCUGGUCAAAACUGACUCCAUGUGGUACAGAUCAGAUUCUGCCCCAAGAAAUAAAAUUUCAAGGUUCCAGGCACCGAUUUCUGCACCGGAGUACACACUGGAGCCUCAUCAAAGAGAUUAUCCUCGCAGUUUGAGAAACACUAUUCCUAUGAAAACCCGUGGAAAAAAGAGUGUGACACCAUCGCCACCGCAGGUCCGGGUUUGCCCUCCCCGUAUGUUACCUGAAGACGGAGCUAAUCUUUCCUCUGCUCGUGGCAUUUUGUCGCUUAUCCAGUCUUCCACUCGUAGGGCUUACCAGCAGAUCUUGGAUGUGCUGGAUGAAAAUCGCAGUGUGAGAAGACAAAAUGAAAUACGUUGUGAAAGACCUGUGUUGCGUGGUGGGUCUGCUGCCGCCACUUCUAAUCCUCAUCAUGACAACGUCAGGUAUGGCAUUUCAAAUAUAGAUGCAAUGAUUGAAGGAACUUCAGAAGACAUGACAGUUGUAGAUGCAGCUUCAUUAAGACGACAGAUAAUCAAACUAAAUAGACGUCUACAACUUCUGGAAGAGGAGAACAAAGAACGGGCUAAAAGAGAAAUGGUCAUGUAUUCAAUUACUGUAGCAUUCUGGCUGCUUAAUAGCUGGCUCUGGUUUCGCCGCUAGAGGUAACCUCAGCUCUCAGAAAUAUUGUCUCAACAGCUGGAAAUAUAAAGAAUUUGCAAACUUCUUUGUUUUCUGUCUUUGCAUUGUAUGCCGUUUCACAGUCCACGCCCUGAAAAUGUAUUUCUCCCAGAAAGGAGGGGGAAGGACUUACAUUUGCAGAAGUAAAGGUAUAUUCUGUCUCUUGACUGUAUUUACUUUUAACCAGUUCUACCAUAACACCUACUUAAAAUUCACACUUUGCAUGUUUUGUAAAUAGGAUCUAGUUGGGUUUUUUUUUUUUAAGGAAUUUUUUUUUGCCUCUUCAGUCUGCACCACUAAUUCUGAGUGUGAGAAAGUGUAUAGAAAAUGGGUUUAGCGAAAUGUCUGUAAAGGAAAAAUAGUACUUCAUUUUGUCCUAUUUGUAGUGUUUUCUCAAACCCCGUUAGAUUAAACAAUUUAGUUAAUAGACAUUUUUGCAUCCACAUGUCAACAUUAACACUACUGAAGUCCUGGUCUGGUGUCAGGUUUAAUAAAAUCAAGCUACCCCAUGUUUCAUGAUCACCUCCAACAAAAUAAUUCCUAACAUUUUAAGCGGUUUAUCUAAAAUGUGGGUAAAAAUGUGCAUUUUUAUUUUUAUUUUGCAGAUGGUUUUCUAUAAAGUACAUUUUUACUAAGUCCGUGUGUGAAUGAUUUAAAAAAAAUACAGAAUAAGGUACAAAUGUAGUGUAUUUAAUAAACUGUCAACCAAAGCUGUA